UGUUCUUGCAUCAUACAUGUGGCGUGGACACGUAACCUCAAAUUUACGCGUGGUAGGCUUUAGUCGAUCUGCUUGAAAGUUCCAGCCGGUGCGGGAUGCCUCGUCCGCCGUCCGAAGAUUCUAGAGAGAUGGACGAGAAGCUACCGGAGACGAUUGAUUUUGCGAAAGAGGAGGAGGCAACGCUGGAACUCUGGAAAAAGCUCGACGUAUUUCAAAAUAGUUUGCGCUUGUCGAGAGGUCGGCCCAGGUUCUCGUUCUACGAUGGACCACCGUUUGCCACUGGUCUGCCGCAUUACGGUCACAUACUCGCCGGCACCAUAAAGGACGUUGUUACGAGGUACGCGCAUCAAUCCGGUUUCUACGUGGAGCGCCGAUUCGGUUGGGACACCCAUGGAUUACCGGUGGAAUACGAGAUCGAUAAGGCCCUGGACAUCAAGGGACCCGACGACGUCGCCAAAAUGGGUAUCGCCACGUACAAUGCGGAGUGUCGUAAAAUCGUGAUGCGGUACGCUGAGGAAUGGGAGAGGAUCGUAGGCCGGAUGGGUCGAUGGAUCGACUUUCAGAACGACUACAAAACCUUGUACCCCUGGUACAUGGAAUCAAUCUGGUGGAUCUUCAAGCAGCUGUACAACAAGGGCCUAGUCUACCAGGGCAUCAAAGUGAUGCCGUUUUCCACUGCCUGUAAUACGCCGCUGUCGAACUUUGAAUCAGGUCAGAAUUACAAGGAUGUCGUUGAUCCAUCGGUAAUCGUUACCUUCCCAUUGCUGGAUGAGCCAGGUGUGUCCCUCUUGGCUUGGACCACCACUCCUUGGACACUGCCAAGUAACCUGGCAGUGUGCGCUAAUCCCACUUUUGAGUACGUCGAGGUAAAAGACAACGCUUCCAAUAAUGUCUAUAUUAUGCUAGAGGCCCAGUUGGGGCUUGUUUUCAAAUCUCCAGAUCUGUACACUGUACAAGGUAAAAGAAAGGGUACGGAUUUGAAGGGGAAAGCCUACGAACCUUUAUUCCCAUAUUUCGCGCGUUACAGAGAGAAGGGUGCUUUCAGAGUGUUGAACGAUGCUUACGUCACAGCUGAGACUGGAACUGGCAUUGUCCAUCAGGCUCCGUACUUUGGAGAGGAUGAUUAUCGGUGCUGCUUGGAAGCCGGCAUCAUAAGCCGAGAUCAAGAGACUGUUUGUCCCAUCGACAGCUGCGGCUGUUUCAUCGAGCCGGUUCACGAUUUUGUCGGCAAGUAUAUUAAGGAGGCUGAUAAGGAUAUAAUUAAGUAUCUCCAAGGCAAACAACGGCUGGUUGUCAACAGCAUGAUGAAGCACAGUUAUCCGUUUUGCUGGAGGUCCGACACGCCGCUCAUUUACAAAGCGGUGCCCUCAUGGUUCAUCAGGGUAGAGGAGAUCAAGGAGCAGCUCUUGCUGGCUAACAGCACCACGUACUGGAUACCGGACUACGUGAAAGAAAAACGGUUCGGCAACUGGCUGCGCGACGCGCGCGAUUGGGCCGUUAGCAGGAAUCGCUACUGGGGCACGCCCAUACCGUUGUGGAUCUCCGAGGACAGGCAAGAAAUCGUGUGCGUAGGUAGUAUCGCAGAACUGGAGCAAUUAACGGGCGCAACGGUGACGGACAUUCAUCGCGAGAACAUCGAUCAUCUGGCGAUACCGUCGAAACGCCCGGGACGUCCACCGCUACGUCGCGUGUCCGAGGUGUUCGAUUGCUGGUUCGAGUCGGGCUCCAUGCCGUAUGCGCAGAUGCACUACCCGUUUGAACGGCGAAAGGAAUUCGACGAGUACUUCCCGGCGGACUUCAUCGCCGAGGGCAUCGAUCAGACGCGCGGCUGGUUCUACACGCUUCUGGUGAUAUCCACCGCGCUGUUUGGUAAGGCACCGUUCAAGAACCUCGUGGCGAACGGUCUGGUUCUCGCGUCUGACGGGCAGAAGAUGUCCAAGCGCAAGAAGAACUAUCCGGAUCCCGUUGAGGUGAUCAAUGCGUACGGCGCGGACGCUCUGCGUCUCUAUCUGAUCAACUCGCCAGUCGUGAGAGCCGAGAAUUUGAGAUUCAAGAAAGAAGGAGUCCGGGAUGUCAUCAAGGACGUCCUCUUACCUUGGUUCAACGCGUUUCGAUUCCUCAUGCAGAACAUCCAGCGGUAUGAGAAGGAAGCGGGCACUCAAUUCGUCUUCGACCAUACGACGAGCUUUUGCUCGAAGAAUAUAAUGGACAGGUGGAUUAUAUCCUUCACGCAGACGAUGUUGACUUUUGUGAGGAAGGAGAUGGAGGCUUACAGGCUGUACACGGUGGUACCCCAUCUGAUAAAAUACAUAGACAAUCUGACAAACUGGUACGUAAGAAUGAACAGGAGACGCAUUAAGGGAGAAAAUUGUAACAUGAAAGAUUGUCUGAUGGCGUUGAACACGUUGUUCUCAGUGGUUUUCGCCAUGGUGCGGACGAACGCGCCGUUCACGCCGUUUCUGACGGAGUUCAUGUUUCAACGUAUGUCGAAACGGCUCGCGCCAACCGACGAGAACAUGGACAGCGUCCACUACCAACUAAUGCCAUCCCCGCGCAAGCAUUUGAUCGACGAUACUAUAGAAAACGCUGUGUCGAAAAUGCAGACCGUCAUCGAACUAGGUAUCAUACGAGAUCGGAAGACCAUACCUACGAAGUAUCCCCUGCGAGAAAUCGUAAUAAUACAUCAGGAGAAAAAGGUGUUGGAUGAAAUCCUGCUGAUGCAAUCGUACAUACUUGAGGAACUGAAUAUCAAGAACUUAAAAGUCAGCACGGACAAGACGAAGUACGGUGUGACUAUGAGAGCCGAGCCGGACCACAAGGCGCUCGGUGCCCGCUUGAAGGGCGAGUUCAAGCAGGUGAUGCAAGCUAUUAAGGAGCUGUCCAAUGUACAACUCCAAAAAUUCGUCACUGACAAGAAGAUAGACGUGCUCGGUCAUACGCUCAACGAGGAGGAUCUGCGCUUGACGUACAACUUCACCAGCUCGAGUGCUGAAAGAUCAUCGCAGCAAUACGAGGCCCACGGCGAGGGGUGCGUUCUGGUGCUUCUGGACAUCUCCAUGACCCAAGAGAUGAUCGAUGAGGGUUUGGCCAGGGAAGUGAUCAAUCGUGUGCAGAAGCUGCGGAAGAAGGCUCAAUUGGUGCCUGCUGAUGAAGCCAUCGCGUACUACGACUUCGACGGCCCAGAGAGAAACAAAAAGAACUUGUUCGACGUCUGCUACGAGUAUCGUUCUGCCAUUGAGACUACGACGAAAACGCCGUUACUGUCCCUGGCAGAGUUGCCGUUUGGCGCUCCCAUAAUUAUCGAGGAGAUGCAGAAGAUCAAGGAGGUAGAUAUGAAACUCGUGUUGGCUAAACCGGUGAAAGAAGCGCCCCAACCGGAUCCCUGGCUAGACGACAACGACGAUUCGCACGUACUGCCGAUCUGCGAGACCUUUGUCAAUGUAAAGCUUGAGGGCAUAGAACCGAGAUUUGGCGCAACAUCCCGCGAGGGCACGAUCCAACUGCACACUAUGGUAGAAGGGAGGUUGAAGAAUAAACGCUUGCUAGAGGAGAUCGAGUUGGUGUUUGGUCUCUACGGUUAUGCUUACGAUUUGUAUCUCGGUAACAAGAAACUCAGCAUAAAGGCUGACGAUAAUAUAAUAGAUGAUGAGCUAGCCAACCAUACGAUAAAAGUGGUGAGAGCAGGAGCGUCACCGCCUCCCCUGGACGCGACGGAAGAGACGGACUACAUCUGCGAUUAUAUCAGAUUAAGGAGAGGCACCAAGUACAAUAAGACACAGGGGAGAGUACUCUUGGAAAAUCCUAAGGGUAAUUUCAGUUUGAGUGACGGAGAAUUAGAACGACUGAUAUGUUUGCACUACGAUAUACCGAGUUAUCCUAUAACGGAAAAAUGUCGAAAGCGUCGAAGUCUCAUAAGAAGACCUGAACUAUUUGUGGCCUGAAAUAUUCAGGCUUUAAAGUAUGUAAAGUAUAAAAUAUCUUUUAUUCUGUAUGUUUAUAUUAUGUUCUUAAUACCUUAUCGAUGCUCGACACAAUAUUGCGUUACAUUGAAUAUUAUUUACAACGGAAUUGAUUGAACAGUAUGUGUAAAAGACGAUAUCCAUUUUAUUUAACUUCAGUCGUUAAAAUUCCAUGCAAUUAAUAUAUAUUCACGGAUUUAGGUUCAAUGAAUAAAAAUAUAGUUAAUCCUUUCAUCAAUUUCAUUAAUUUAAAGAUUAAAAUUUAUCUCUUUCUCACAAUAGAGUCAAAGCUAUAUUUUGCAGUAUAUAGUAAUUUGUUAUGAUUUCGUUGAUAAAUAUUAAAAAAGUAAUUAUUUAAUGCCGCUGUAUAUGAUUAUCAAGAAGAUACAAAGGUGAAAUUUGCGAACAUUUGGCUAUUAUAACAGUUUCGAUACCGGUUCUAUAUUAUGUUUCCUAUUAGAAAAUAGAGUUUAUUGUUCAAGGUAGUAUAUUACAUUCUCGUUUUCUUCACAUUUAUUUAAUUCUAAAAUAAAAAUAAGUUUUUUAUAUGCAAAUUUAUUAUAAUUACAUUUGUAUUAUCUUUUUUUUGCAUUGAUAUUAAUUUCUUCUUUUAUACUGUAUUGCACGAUAAUUAAAUAUUUAUUGGCAUUAGUUAAAGCAAUGUUGUAAUUUAAUUCUAACAAGUAAUGUAGUAUAGUAUAAUAAUAGUAUGUACGGCUAUAACGCCUAUCGUUUUGUCAUAUUAUAAAUAAUUUGUUGAU